AUGGGCAAGAAGAACAAGAAGUCCGCUGAGCACAAGGACCGAGUGGCUGCCAAACAGUCCAAGAAGGCCGCAAAGGGGGAGAAGAAGUCCAAGACCAAGGGAAGAGAUGCAGACAGCGAUGUGGAAGAGGCGGAUCUAGACGCCAUCCUGGCGCAGUAUGCCGAAGAACAGGCCAAGUUCCUCAAAGUCACGGAGGUUGUAUCAGGACCGCCGUCUCCUCGAACCUCCGCAACGGUGCUAGCGUCUCCGUCGAAUCGGAAUGAACUGUUGAUCUUCGGAGGCGAGUACUUCGAUGGCAACUUGGCUUCGUUCUUCAACAACCUGUUUGUUUACUUGAUUGAUCGAGGUGAAUGGAGGGAGGUCACGAGUCCGAACAGUCCCCUGCCUCGGAGUGGACAUGCUUGGUGCCGUGGAGGGAAUACCGGGGGUAUUUAUCUGUUUGGAGGAGAGUUUUCUUCGCCUAAGCAAGGUACCUUCUAUCACUACAACGAUUUCUGGCAUCUUGACCCCUCGACGAGGGAGUGGACUCGCAUUGAGACGAAAGGAAAGGGUCCUCCGGCCAGGAGUGGUCACCGGAUGACCUACUACAAGAACUACAUUAUCCUCUUUGGCGGUUUCCAAGAUACCUCGCAGCAGACCAAGUAUCUCCAGGACCUGUGGAUCUACGAUUGCUCCCGGUACACCUGGUUCAACCCUGCCCUGUCCACGGCAGCUCAGAAGCCGGAACCUCGGUCUUCUUUCUCUUUCCUGCCCAACGACGCAGGUGCAACCAUUUACGGCGGCUAUUCCCGCGUCAAGGCGACGACUGGAAUUGGAGGCAAGCCUUCGAAGGGUGGACCCCAGCGGGUGACGAUGAAGCCUAUGGUCCAUCAAGAUACCUGGUUCCUCCGUAUCACGCCCCCAGAGUCCGAUGCGCCCGCCACUGCUGCGCCCACCGUUCGCUGGGAACGCCGCAAGAAGCCCGCAAACUCCCCGAAUCCGCCUCGCGCCGGUGCUACCAUGGCUUAUCACAAGGGUCGAGGUAUCAUGUUCGGUGGUGUUCAUGACGUUGAGCUAAGCGAGGAGGGUAUUGACAGCGAGUUCUUCGAUACUCUUUUUGCCUGGAACACCGACCGGAAUCGCUUUUUCCCAAUGACCCUCCGUCGCCCACGAGCUCCGGGCAAGAAGCAGCUUGCCAAUCAGGCGGCCAAGUCCCGGGACCGUAGCAAGGCCGACGAAGAAGAACUACUGCAGAACCUGAAAGCUUUGGAAGCUAAGGGUGGCAUUAACAGCCAGGAUGACGAUGAAAUGGAACUGAACACUCCAAAGCAAGAAGAAGAGCCUGCGCAGCCGGAGAAACCGUCUCUCGUACGCUUUGAGAUGCCUCACCGUCGGUUUAACGCUCAUUUGGCGGUUCAAGACGACACCCUGUUUAUCUUUGGCGGGACGUUCGAGAAUGGCGAUCGGGAGUUUACCUUCAACGACAUGUACUCCAUCGACUUGGUCAAGCUCGACGGCGUGAAGGAGGUCUUCUACAACGAGCCCGAGAACUGGCAUCUGCUCAACGAGGCUGAGAGCGACGACGAGAUGGAUGAUGAUGACGAGGAGGAUGACGAAGAAGAGGAAGAAGAUAUCAUGUCUGUGGACCAUGCUUCUCCUGCCCCUACGGAAGUCACUGUGCCAUCGGUCACUCAAGAGAUGGAGCAGCUCGAGGUGGAAGAGCCGGAAGGUGAACCCUCUGUGCAAGAUAGUCGGCCUCUUCCCCGACCUUUCGAGAGCUUGCGUGAAUUCUUCAGCCGGACCUCCGAGGAAUGGCAGAAGAUUUUGCUCGAGACUCUCAAGGAGAAGGGUCUGGCGGCGGAAAAGAAUAUCAAGGAGCUGCGCAAGGAUGCGUUCAACAUUGCCGAGGAGAGAUGGUGGGAUAGCAGAGAAGAGAUCAUGGCUCUGGAAGAUGAGCAAGAAGCGUCAGGAAUCGGCGAAGUGGUCAGUAUUGCUGACCGAUCUGAGAACGUUGGCGGUGCUGGAAGACGCCGAUAA